GAUUGUUGUGAAGAGCAUUUUUGUGGAGUUUCCGGUCGCCGGAAAUUCGAUUACAAAUGGCUUCAUCCCCCGAAACUUCUCCGGGAGGUGAAAACGGGGAUUCUCCACCACCACCGCCGCCGCCGGAUUCCGAGUCGCCUCCAGAUUCUCCGCCGGCGUCUCCUCCUCCAGAGUCAUCGCCCCCUAGCCCACCAGCCGAAUCUUCGCCUCCGCCACCCGCCGCCGAAUCGCCGGCAACCAAAAACGACCCUCCGUCACCCCCUCCCCCGGACACGACAACCCCCGAACAAUCCCCUCCGCCGCCUGACAAUCCGGUCUCGCCCUCCCCGCCGACAAACUCGCGCCCGCCGCCGUCCUCGACCCCGAAUCUAGGCCCCCCUGAGUCGCCGCCCGUGUUCACCCCGCCGUCGACGGGCGGCGGCGGCGGCUCGCAAUCGCCUCCUUCCCCUGCUAUACCGCGUUUACCUCCACGUUCGCCGUCGACCGAUUCCUCGGCAGGGCCUAGUAAUUCUUCGUCGUCAGGUUCAAAUGCGUAUUCAGACAUAGCUAUUAUUGCCGGAAUUCUCGGGGCCGGAGUAUUUUUCGUCGCCCUCGUCUUUAUCUCUCUAAUGUGUACGCGGAAGAGGAAGAAACAAGAGUAUUACGGUGAGAAAGGACUCCGUCCACCAGGUUUGCAUGCAUGCAACUCUUUCUUUUUUUUUUAUAAAGGGAUCAUUGCUCUGUUAUUUUCAGGUGAUGAAAAAUACCACAAGGGCCCUAAUCCCAACGGCAAGCUUCCCCCACCACCCGGCGGCACUAUCGGAACCCCCGCCCACAACGCCUGGGGCGGGGGCGCCACUCCAUCCCCACAGCACAUGGGCCCCGUGGCCACCACGGAGUUUGUCUCCGGGCAGCACCCUCCGCAGGGGGGCAACGUGGGCGGCUACGGGUCCAAGAGCCCGUUCACCUACGAUGAGCUGGCGGCGGCAACCUCGGGAUUCUCUCAGGCCAACCUGUUGGGGCAAGGCGGCUUCGGGUUGGUGCACAAGGGGAUCUUGCCCAACGGGAGGGAGGUGGCGGUUAAGAGUCUGAAAUCCGGCAGCGGCCAAGGGCAGAGGGAGUUCCAGGCGGAGGUGGAGAUCAUUAGCCGCGUGCAUCACCGCCACCUCGUGUCCCUCGUUGGGUACUGCAUAGCUGGCGAACAGAAAAUGCUCGUCUACGAGUUCGUUGCUAAUAAGACGUUGGAAUUUCACCUUCAUGGAAAAGGGCAGCCGGUUAUGGAUUGGGCAUCGAGGCUUCGUAUUGCGGUGGGAUCGGCCAAGGGACUUGCUUAUCUACAUGAAGAUUGCCACCCUCGGAUUAUCCAUCGCGACAUCAAAGCGGCGAACAUUCUUCUCGACAUGAACUUCGAAGCCAUGGUUGCUGAUUUCGGAUUAGCUAAGCUCACUUCCGACAACUACACUCAUGUCUCGACACGUGUCAUGGGAACUUUCGGGUAUUUGGCUCCCGAGUAUGCAGCUAGCGGAAAAUUAACAGAAAAAUCCGAUGUUUUCUCAUUCGGGGUGAUGCUUUUGGAACUGAUUACCGGUCGACGACCUGUUGAUUUGACGAACAAAACCAUGGAAGAUAGCUUAGUAGAUUGGGCUAGGCCACUAUUGACUCAAGCUUUGGAAAACGGCAAUUACGCCGAAUUGGUGGACCCACGACUCGAAGGUAACUACGUUCCCCAUGAGAUAGCUCGUAUGAUCGCCUGUGCUGCUGCCAGCAUUCGUCAUUCGGCAAGAAGGCGUCCACGGAUGAGCCAGAUUGUACGAGCUUUGGACGGAGAUUCGUCACUAGAGGACUUGAACGAAGGGGUGAAGCCAGGCCAAAGCCAAGCCUACAACCCCGCGAACACGAACCGAGACAUUUACGACACGGGUGCAUAUAACGCCGACCUAAUGAAGUUCAGACAGAUGGUGAUGUCAACUCAGGAAGUCAAUAGCACCGAGUAUGGGGCCACAACUAGCGAAUACGGGCUCAAUCCAUCCGUAUCGAGCGGUGACUCGACAGAGGACACAAGAAAUAGCCCUCACAACCAAAAACGAUAAGCAAAUUUACAUGAUCACAAUAUUUGAUAUCAAUCUAUCUUGAUGAGAUAUAAUAAUAAAUACUAAUAUAAUUAUUUUUGUCAUGAUUUAUUUUAUACUCGUAGCCGCAACAUUUCGGGAAGGACGGAUAAUUUUAGGUGAAUUUGGAUUUGGUUUAAUUUU